GCUGCGGUUUGCGCAGGCGCACGGCUCUGACCGAGAAGCAUGGCGGACCUAGCGACUCUCCCCAGCAAGAGAAAGCGCGAACUGGACGCCGAGGAGGGGGAAGCUGCUAGCACAGAGGACAAGGAGGAGGACGUUGAGAAUGGUACCUCGGCGCCUGUGCGCUUACCUUUCUCCAGCUUUAGAGUGAAAAAAGUGCUGCGGGAGUCCGCGCGGGACAAAAUCAUUUUUCUCCACGGGAAGGUGAAUGAGGCCUCUGGGGACGGGGAUGGCGAGGAUGCCAUUGUGAUCCUGGAGAAGACGCCAUUUCAGGUGGAGCAGGUGGCGCAGCUCCUGAUGGGCAGCCCCGAGCUCCAGCUGCAGUUCUGCAAUGACAUCUACCGCACCUAUCACCUGUUUCCUCCUCGGCAGCUGAGUGAUGUGAAGACAACCGUGGUUUACCCUGCCACAGAGAAGCACCUAGAAAAGUACCUGCGCCAGGACCUCCACCUGGUCCGAGAGACAGGGGCCAAUUACAAGAAUGUCACCUUGCCCCACCUGGAGUCCCAGAGCCUCAGCAUCCAGUGGGUGUACAACAUUCUCGAGAAGAAGGCUGAAGCUGACAGGAUUGUUUUUGAGAACCCAGAUCCCUCUGAUGGCUUCAUCCUCAUCCCUGAUCUCAAGUGGAACCAACAGCAGCUAGAUGACCUGUACCUGAUUGCCAUCUGCCACCGCCGGGACAUCCGGUCGCUGCGGGACCUUACUCCAGACCACCUGCCGCUGCUCAGGAACAUCCUCCAGGAGGGGCAGGAGACCAUCCUGCAGCGCUACCAGGUGAAGGGGGACCGCCUCCGAGUGUACCUGCACUACCCGCCUUCCUACUACCACCUGCACGUGCACUUCACGGCCCUGGGCUUCGAGGCCCCUGGUGCGGCGGUGGAGCGGGCCCACCUGUUAGCAGAGGUGAUCGAGAACCUGGAGUAUGACCCGCAGCACUACCAGCGGCGCACCCUCACCUUGGCCCUCAGGGCUGAUGACCCCCUGCUCAGGCUCCUCCAGGAGGCCCAACAGAGCUGAGUCUGCCCCGGGGGCUGUCCGGAGAGGAGCACGGAUGUGGAGGGUGGGGGCAGGGUGGGGAGGGACGGAGCGAUUUUUAGCACCAAGUCAAUUUUUAAAAAGUGUAUUUUGUACCGGCUUGUUUCUAGUAUGUGAAUAAAGUAUUGGUCUCCUUUGG